AUGCCGCCUCGUAAAGCUCUUAUACCGCGAGGCGCCUUUGCUUCUCACAGCAGAUCUCUCCAACAGCGGCGCUUCGCCUCCGACGUUCCAAUACCCCGUCAAGAAACAGCAUUAUGGCGCAGGCUAAGCGAUCCCAAUACUCGUAUUGGACAGUCGAUCACCGGCGGAAUGGAAUGGCAAACAAGCGCAUACUACUGGAACAAGGCGAAUGAGAGGACGCUACCCGUCGCGGCGACCAACGUGCAGAAGCUCAUCGAGUACUAUUCUACGAUUCGAAGCGUGAACAUCCGGGGAAAGGAUACCCGUGCAGCACGCACAGCAAUAGCAGCGAGAAGGAGGACCGCAGAGAGAUUGUACGUGAGCAAGCCGCGGAUAAAGGAUUUUGGAAAUAAGGUCCAGGUCACGGCAUUUGUGUACGAUGGGAAAGAGGCGGCUGUGAAGGCAAAGGCGGAGAGGUUCGGGCAGCGACCGGGCAGUCAGCCUGAGCCUGCGUCGAGACAGCAGAGUCUUUCGGAUUUCAUACUGGAUCCGGAGCAGCAGAAGGGAUUGAAAGGGUUGAUAUCGAAAAUCUACCGCAAGCCUGUUGAACUGAACCUCAUCAAGCUGCGCAAACCACAUCUCGACGCGGAUAUUCUGUCUGCUGUCGUCGCGCAGCAAUUGAAAGAUCGAAGAAAUACACCUCGAAGAGUCAUUCGUGAUGCGACGUGGAGAGCGCCCUUGCCAAAGGCGCAGACCGUUUCGGAAGUUCUGCAAGCGAAGCAUCAGCGGUUGCCCGAGCAAUUCCACUGGAGCGCUUUUACGAUGGCGAACACUUCGUCAACGAAUUCCUCGACCAUUCUCAACAAAGUCGCGCUCUCGCAGGUGUCGUCGGUUGAGGUGGAAGCUGCGGGUCGUCUGACGAAGCGUUUGACGGCCAACAGAAGUCAGAGGAAGAUGGCGAGACACGGUGCGACUGCGAAGGGUGAGGGACCUAUCGUGAGGGGCUUCAGGAAAGCCCAUGUACAAUACGGCUUCUCUGGUGGGAAGAGGAGAGUUGGUCAGUUCGGUAUCCGGGUGGCUUUGGGUCAUGCAUAG